AUGCCUAGUCUACUUGAAGACCUAAUAGUAGCUGUGGAAGGCUACAGACUUACUAAUUAUUUCGAUGUCACGAGUUUCGCCAUCUACGCCUAUGAUUAUAUGCUCACUUUCGAAGAUGAACGAUCAAUAAUGUGGCCGAAAAGAUGGUCACUUAUGAAAGUUUUGUUCUUCAUGGUCCGAUACUUGCCUCUCGUAGACCUGACAAUUACAUUUGUGGUUAAAAAAUUAGGCAUUAUGAACCUCGGCAUUCUCAGUGCCGAGGCCAUCCUAAUAAUCCGAACAUAUGCAAUAUGGAACGAGAAUCGUUCCGUACUCAUCCUGCUUAUCGGAUGGGCCUUAGCGAAUCUGGCUUCGAGCGCCGUGUUUUUAGGCCUCUUCUUGAAGUCGCUCGGUUGGAUGCGUCUUCCACCUGGCCCUUUUGGUUGUCUUGUUACUUCGGGAAACGGUCUACUUGCAGAAGUAUGGGUUAUCCUUAUGAUAUACGAAUCAGUUCUCAUUGUGUUAUUGGCGAUCAAGGGGAUUCAAUUGUACAAAGAACAAGGGAAAACGCCUAUCAUUCUAGCGCUGUUUAGGGAUGGUGUGGUGUUUUCUUUUUCCUCUUCGAUCGACGCACUCAUUCACGCUUGUGUAGGAGCAAUUUUCUAUUUAUAUAUCUAUGCCUUAAUUGCAUUUAAAGCUUUGUCGGUCGCAAAUGUAGCCGUGAUUCUCACUCUUAAUGGAUGCUUGCAAGUCCGAGGUACAGUGGGUAGUGAAUCUGGGAUAGGAAUCGGAAACAACACCGUUACGUUUUCGUUUGUUACAGAACAACUCGAAGGCAGGGAAUCGCAGGAUUUGACUUCUUUAGACGUUUCCGAUCAAAGUUUUCAGUCUCGGUCGGGAGGAGUUGAAAAGGGGGUAUGUUGA